AUGCAGACCCUACACGUCAAGGACAACUUUAAUGCCGAAGAAGCAGCGCAUGCAGCCGCAGAAUUUGUCUCGAGCCUCGAUAACCUGCCUGGAGAGGUCGCGUUCUUGCUAGAAGAGAUCAAAGAGAAGGACCUGCGGAUCAACCAAUUACUCAGCCGAAUCAAUACCCGUCAUUUCGGGCUAACAAAGCACGCCCGGUCCAGCAUCAAAGAUAAAGACAAGGACUCCGCAUCUGCUACGGGGUCCAGUACACCGCCCUUCCCCCUUCCACUCCCGCCCGGAACACCACUGCCGACUGCGCAUCUAUCGUCCAAGGACGCACAGGCGCUCACCAAGAUCGCGUCGGAAUUCGCCAAGGUCCAGGCGCUGCAGGAUGAGAAGAUUGCGCUGGCGGAGCGGAUGGAACGGAUCACGGGGAGGGCCAAAGAGAGGGGGAGGGCGGAAUGGUUGAAGGUUGGAGGGAUGGAUCUGGAGGAGGUGGAGAAGCUCCGAGAGGGCGAGGAGAGCAGGGGGAGGGAGGAGAUUGCAGGAGGGAUGGUAUUGUUGCCUAGUAUGGGCUUGGGAACGGGCGAGAGGCCAAAGAAACGCAAACCCCACGCUCUGCCCAUGGCCCCUACUUUCCACCCUCCAGGCCACACGAUCCACCCUCCACCCCAACACACAGCCAUGCUCCCUCCUCCCGCUCCACACCGAGGUCCCGGUCGGCGCCGCAACGACCGCCACCAGUCUUCCACCUCGCGCUUCUCCGAGCCUGACCAGCCCAACGCUGGCGCAUCAGACGCCGACGCGGACGGGGAGGACUACGAUCCCGACCAGGACGCCGAGGGCGAGGGCGAGGUGGAUGGGGACGUGGGCGAUGAUCCACGGCUGUACUGUAUCUGUAAUCAGAAGAGCUAUGGGGAGAUGAUUGGGUGUGAUGCGGAUGAUUGUGCCAUAGAAUGGUACCAUGUUCGAUGCGUAGGAGUCACAGGCGCGCUGCCGGAGCAUUGGUUCUGCCCCAGCUGUGUCAUGCGGCUGGGCUUGACUAGCUCGAGCGGCGGAAGAAAGGAAAAGAAGGGGCGGAAAGCACGGUGA